CCAGACUUCUACGAGUUGAGCGUAGCAGAGCAGGCUCCUCUCACUCUCUGUCUCUCCGUCUGUUUUAAAACUUGUAUCUGCUUGGCAGAGUAGAGCACACUGUCCUACAUCUGUCUUGGGAGAAGGAAUAAAUUACUUGGCCCUGCACCGUACAGACAGCCUGCCUGCGAACCUCCGACUAGCCUGACUUUCUCCUGAGCCUCUAUGGAGCGCUGGGUUCUCUUCUCUCUAUUGCUCCUGGUCUACCUGUAUUUGGAGGUGUCUGGAGCUGAAGCUGGGGCCCAGGACCAGAGAGUGCUGACUGGUCAGGGGAGGAGGAGGAGGAGAGGGCCAUGGGAACCAGGGGGCCCGGAGUUCAACCAGCCCCAGCGAGGAGAGCUAGGAUGGGGGAAGAGGAGGAAGGCAGGAGGGCCUGGGCAGGGGAGAGCCAGGGGGAACAGGGACAACCAGCAAUCUCAAACCCCUCUGGGUCUGACGAGGCUGGGGAGCCUUCCAGCCAACGCCGGAGGAGAUGAUGGAGCGUCUAUUUUCAUUGAGUCAUAUAAGAGUGUUGACGAGAGACAGACUAACUACAAUGUCAUCCCGGGUAAAAAGGGCCAGUGUGUGUACCAGGGCAUCACCAUGUUUGAGCAGGCCGUCUGGUCCCCCAAGCCGUGUGUUACCUGUCUGUGUAGCGGAGGGGAGGUGCUGUGUGACGAGGUCACAUGUCCUCCUCAUCGAUGUCACUUCCCCUACACCCCCUCUGGCGAGUGCUGUCCCGUCUGUAUGGACACAGCUUCCCGUGGUGAUGUCCUUGACUUCUCUGGCGAUUCCCCGGUAGCCAACGACCCUGACUCUGUGACCCCUGACCUUGACCCAAUCCUUGACCCCGUGGUGACCCGCACCAAGGCCGAGAUUGAGCUCCUGAAUAGAGAGGAGGAGCAGCGCCUCCUCGAGAAGGAAAAGAGGAGGAAGAAACAGAAGGAGGAGGCGGAGAGACAGCGGCGGCGGCAGGAGGAGAAGAGGAGGAGGCAGGAGGAGGAGAGGAGGAGGCAGGAGGAGGAGAGGCUGCAAAUGGAGAAGGAAGAGAGGAGGCAGGAAGAGGCAAGGAGACUAAAGGAGGAGGUGGCCAUGAAGGAGCGGGAGAGGAAGCUGGAGGAGGAGAGGAGAAGACAUGAGGAGGAGCUAAAGGAGAAACUGAGGGAACUAGCAGAGCUGGAAGAAAAAGAAGAAGAAGAGGAGGACGAAGAGGAGGAGAUGGAGUGGCUGCUGAGAGGAGAUGUUUUCCAAAUGUUUCCAGAUGAGCCGACCGAAGAGGACCUCCUUCCUCCUCCCCUAGCCAAGCCCACUGACAGAGAAGAGGAGGAUGGAAAAGAGGUGGUGGUACAUAGACCUGGGAUCACCCUCCCGCUAGGUUGUGAUAUCUCUGAUGUCACUGUGACGUGUGAGAACGCUAAACUGACCAACUUCCCUCCUCUCAACAUCCCUGAGCUCAAGUCCCUAAGUCUGGAGGGUAACUCCAUCACAACCAUCCCAGUGGGGGCGUUCAACGGCAUCCCCAACCUGGAGUCCAUCAACCUGGGAAAGAAUAAGUUGACAACUGCUGGAAUCGCCCCACACACCUUCAAAGCCCUGAAGUUCCUGAGCCGUCUUUACCUGGACAACAACCUCCUAGAGACUGUCCCACUAGACUUCCCAUCAACAAUACAGGAGCUGAAGAUCAACGAGAAUCACCUCAAAGGGAUCGAAGAGAACAGCUUCCAAGGUCUGAGCGACCUGUUGACCUUGGAGUUGGAGGGGAAUCUCCUGAGUGAAGGCAACGUGGAUCCUUUAGCUUUCAGACCCCUCUCCCAGCUCUCCUACCUCCGUCUGGGCAGAAACCACUUCAGGACCGUCCCCCAGGGCUUGCCCCCAUCUCUACUGGAGGUUUAUCUUGAGAACAACCUGAUAGAAGAGAUAUCUGACUCUGUCUUCAACCAAACCACUAACCUGAACGUGAUCUCACUGAGACACAACAGACUGGAGGAGUCCAGGAUUGCACCUCUAGCAUGGAUCAACCACAAGAACCUGGAGUCCAUUGACCUGUCCUACAACCGUCUGUACCUGGUCCCAUCCUACCUGCCCAGAGCUCUGGUCCACCUGGUCUUGGUAGGGAACCAGAUUGAGAGGAUCCCAGGGUUUGUGUUCGCCCACAUGGAGCCGGGGAUAGAGUACCUGUACCUGUCCCACAACAAGCUGGAUGGGGAGGGAGUGGAGCCACAGUCCUUCUUGGGCACCUACACCUCCAUGACAGAGCUGUGUUUAGACCACAACCAGCUGAUAACGGUUCCCCCUGGUAUCAACCAGAUGAGCACUCUGCACUUCCUGCGCCUCAAUAACAACAACAUUAGGACGUUUGCAGAGGACGCUUUCUGUGACCCCGAGAACGACGAGGACGCUAACAUAUUGACGCUGCGCCUGGAGAACAACUACAUCGACCCCAGGAAGAUCUCUUCCUCCGCCUUCUCCUGCGUACGCUCCUACUCCAGCAUCGUCUUGAAACCUCAGUGGACCAAGUAACAUGCGUCCUUUUUAACGCUGUUAUUUUUUACUAAAAGUCCAGGAAAAUGUCACUAAAUCACCAGCUGUGUUGAAACCUCAGUGGAUGAAAUCACAUGCUUCUAACAUUAACAACAUAACAUAACAAACAUAACAAACAAACGAGAGGAAAUGCCUGGAAGUCCACGUGGAAUUCAGCCUGUGUAUUCUGUCUGUUAUUCUAGUAAAAACCAAAGAAACUGUCACUGGCCGUGUCCCGAAAUCUGUCAAGUACGGGUUGUUACAGUAUAUCAAGGAAAAUGUCACUAAAUCACCAGCCUCCGGUGUCUCAAUGUUACUGAGUGAUGCGUGCAACCUGCAUGUUAAUGUAAAGUAGAAGGUGAAACAUUCUGCUAUGAAAAUGUAAACACACUGUAUGUACCUUUCAUGUCUCAGUGUUUUAUUCAUCUUUUAUUAAACUGUUUUUUUUUUUUUUACCAUGUAAGGGAAGACCCCCCUGUAUUGGACAAAAAUGAAUGGCAACAUAUUGGCAGUGGCCAAACCAUAUACACAUUGUCCAAUUACCACCCAAUUCGGCGUUGAUUCAUGCAAAGCAUAUUGCAAAUGCCAUAUGGCUAUUGCCAGUUGUAACACUUUAAAAAUUCAACAGGUGGCGAAUCCGCUCCACCGUGGUUUUUCAUAUUGGAUAUGUAACCCAAGUCAACGUCCAAAAGCAAAAUUUUGAAAAAAUGAAAUUUUUGUAAAAAACUUAUCACCCCUUAAAAAAGUGCUUUCUGGACCGUUUUUCGAAAUUCUUUCGAUUUUUUUUGUCAAUUACACAUGUGUAAGAACUGUAUGAAUAUACUUUUGUCCAAUUUUAUUAUCAUCAUUUUUUAUUUUUUUUUACAUGCGCAUAAGGAAUAUGUUUUGUCCAAUUUCAAUAUGAUUUCAUACGAAGUCAAAAGUCAAAAGUCAAAAAUGUCAAAAUUUUGGAAAAAACUUCACACACCCUUAAAAAGUGCUUUCUGGACCGUUUUUCGAAAUUCUUUCAAAUUUUGUGUCAAUUACACACGUAUAAGAACUGUAUCAACAUACUUUAGUUGUAUUUUAAUAUCAUAUAUAUAUUAUUUUUUUUAACUUGUGCAUAAGGAAUAUGAUUUGUCCAUUUACAAUAUGAUUUCAUAGGAAGUCAAAAGUCAAAGUCAAAAUUCACUUUUUUUGGGGCCAAAUGCCAUAUGAAAUUUGACAUGCUCAAAAAUGCUAAAUUGACUGGCCUGAUGAACACAGGGUGGCCGAGCAGUGAUAGUUGUACAUUUCCAUCACUCGUUGUGUUGAUUUCAUCAUGUCCAUUAGGUGAUGUUUUUUCACUAUAGAAUCAUAUUGCAAGUGCGCGUGCAUUUGCAAUAUGGUUCAAUGGACAAUUACCAUAUGAAAUUUGACAUGCUCAAAAAUGCUAAAUUGACUGGCCUGAUGAACACAGGGUGGCCGAGCAGUGAUAGUUGUACCUUUCCAUCACUCGUUGUGUUGAUUUCAUCAUGUCCAUUAGGUGAUGUUUUUUCACUAUAGAAUCAUAUUGCAAGUGUGCGUGCAUUUGCAAUAUGGUUCAAUGGACAAUUACCAUAUGAAAUUUGACAUGCUCAAAAAUGCUAAAUUGACUGGCCCGAUGAACUCGGGAUGGCUGGGCAGUGAUUCUGGUUCAUCUCAAUCGCUCGUUAGGGUUGAUUUCAGAAUGUCCAUUAGGUGAUGUUUUUUCACUAUAGAAUCAUAUUGCAAAUGCACGUGCAUUGUUGUGCAACUGGUAACCCAAAAAUAAAAAUAAGGUGAUUUCUAUAUGUC